AUGCCAAUUUACGACUACGAGCCAUCACUAUCGUUCGAUCACGGAGACUGUGCGUCAAGCAAUGAUGAUGGUAUGAUAGAGUGCUAUCCAGAUACCCCGCAAUCAAAAUUAAGUGGUCGAGAGCUUGAAGACAAGGCAGUGGUGGUCGUUUCAACCGACGGCAGUGUCGACAUUCAGAAUGAUCAAAAGUUAGAGAAGGUACUUCCGACUUUAAACGACGAAGAGUUCGAUGAUUUGUCGCCUGAGGCUCGAGCUUUGCUCCCUGCUCCAAACUCCUGCCCUCGAUCGGGUAUUAAUCUGCGUCGGCAGUCACCAACUUUUGGCAGUAGUAAAUCUCAUGAAUCAGAGCUACGUCGCACCAAGUCGCUCUAUAAAGUUGACACUCAACCACGUCUCGAUGACUAUCUCUGCGCAUGCAAAUACUGUCCACGUGCCAUGACGAUACAACGUGCGUUUCAACUCUACGGCUUUGCUUUAGAUCAUCCACAAAGUGAAGCACUGUUACGUGUACUGCGUGCUUGUGCAAAUUACGAUGAGACUAUUAUGGAAGUGGAUCCAUUGCUGGUGUUACAUGCCGAGAAAAUGCUAGAAGAGCUCGGUUUUGAUGAAAAUCAAACCUUUCGUCUUCUCGUCGCUUCGCACUUUCAGCGACCAUAA